AUUGUGGCACCGGAAGGAGACUGUCGGAAGCACCUGAGCUGCUGAGCCUUAGGCUUGCUAGUGUACUGCUGACAUGUUGUUUUAUGCAUUGGUGCUUUGAAGAUCUGCUUGUUAAUAGAAGCAACGCGUCUGCCAGGACUGAGGGGCUGGCUCCGUCCGGAGCUCAUACACCAUUUCUCAGCGUUCUUCAUGGAGCUGCUGUCACCUCUCCGAUGCUGCUGCUGCUGCUGCUGCUCAAUGCACACUGCAUGGCAGGAGCUGUCCACCUCCCAGGUGCUGAAAACAAGCCUGAUGCCGCUCCACUGAAUCGCCAGCGCUGUCCGCAUCCCAAGUGCUGAUACCGAGUCCGUGCUGCUUGAAUGCACGGCUGGCGCUGUCCGCGUCUCAGGUGCUGAAGCCAAGCCCGCCGCUGCUGUACGCUGAAUGAAUCCCUGGCGCUGUCCACCUCCCAGGUGCUGAAACCAAGCCCACUGCUGCUCUAACGCUGAAUGAAUCGCUGGCGCUGUUCACGUCCUAGCUGUUGAAACCAAGCCAGGCUUUUCUCAACGCCCCUCCCCCGGGACAAGGACGACUUGAUCAGCUACAGAAGCAAAGAACAAUCCGUGCUGCAAUCUUGCUAGAUCGGAACAUUUAACAGGCCCGAUUUCGGUAUCCUCCCACUCAGGGGGGCAUCGGAGACAAAGCCAUGGAUUUACUGGGGAAACAGCCGCCUGCAAAGUCAUCCGAUUCUCAUCCAGCAGUGACUGCUGGCCACACAUGGUAACCUGCUGCAGCAUUAAACAGUAGCUGUCGUAUAGAAUAAGAGGAUGUGAGAGUCAGGCUGUAUUGGGGAGGGGUCGGGUCAGCGAUAGUUAGUAUCUAAGAUGGCUAUUAGCGUCGGGUGCCUAGGGCUGAAAGCUCAGGUAAUCCUUCUGCUGCUGUCAUUGAGCUUGGUGGCAGGGCAGCUGAAAUACUCAGUGAGGGAGGAGUUGAAUCACGGGGCGUUUGUGGGGAAUGUGGUGAGUGACCUGGGUCUAGACCUCAAGCGACUCCCCACACGGGGGUUCAGAAUCACCUCUGGCAAUAGCAAGCAGUAUUUUGAUGUGAAUCUAGAAAACGGGGUCUUAUUUAUAAAUAGAACGAUAGACAGGGAAACUCUUUGUGAACCCAGCAGUCCGUGUGUGAUAAACCUUGAGGUUGUCGUAGGAAAUCCGGUAGAGGUGCACAACAUCGAGGUGGAGAUAUUAGAUAUAAAUGAUCAUGCUCCUAAAUUUCCUAGUAAUGAUUAUUACAUAGAAAUCAGCGAGUCAGCUGUGCCUGGAGCAAGAUUUCUCAUUGAAAGUGCACAGGACCCUGACAUAGGAACCAAUUCAAUUCAGACCUAUAAGCUAAGUGAUAAUGAUUACUUUGUACUGGACCUCAAGACAUUUAAUGGGAAUAGUAAACUGAUUGAGAUUGUGCUGAAAAAAACACUAGACAGGGAACAGAAAUCCCUCCACAAGCUUUUCCUCACAGCCAUAGAUGGAGGGAGUCCUGCAAAAUCUGGCACAGCCCAAAUAUCAAUACGUGUAAUGGACACAAAUGACAACACCCCUUUCUUUGAAAAGUCUACAUACAAAGUUAGUCUGCUUGAAAAUUCACCAACUGGCACCUUGGUGAUCAAGUUAAAUGCAACAGAUCCAGAUGAAGGGUCAAAUGGGGAUGUGGCAUAUUCAUUUAGCAGUUAUACACCACAGAAAGUCAGACAAUUAUUUAGCAUUGACCCAAAAACUGGAGAGGUGAGAGUGAAUGGUGCGUUGGACUAUGAAAUAUCAUCAUCCUAUGAGAUUCAUGUCCAAGCUACUGAUAAAGGUCCAGUACCUAUGACAGGCAAUUGCAAAGUGUUGGUUGAGUUAAUUGAUGCCAAUGAUAAUGCGCCAGUAAUAGUGGUGACUUCAAAUUAUUCUCCAGUUGCUGAAAACUCACAGGAAGAUACUGUGGUGGCUUUAAUGAGUGUAACAGACCAAGAUUCAGGGAUAAACAAACAGGUUAGCCUUACAAUACAACAAAAUAUUCCAUUUAAAUUAAAGUCAUUUAAAAAUACCUACAAGCUGGUAACAGAUGGAAAACUAGAUCGAGAAAAGUGCCCUUCCUACAAUGUUACAGUGAUAGCUAUAGAUUCUGGGAAUCCAACUAUGUCAUCUCAGAAGACACUGUAUGUGGAAAUAUCGGAUGUGAAUGACAAUCCUCCAGUGUUUGAGGAAUCAUUGUAUUCUGUGUAUGUAUUGGAAAAUAAUGCUCCAGGUGUAUCCUUGUUCUCUGUAAAAGCGAUGGAUCAAGAUUCCAAUGAAAAUGCAUUUGUUUCAUAUUUACUCCUUCAAGGAGAUGUUGAAGGCCUCCCUGUUUCCUCUUAUAUCUCAGUGAAAUCUGAUAACGGCACUAUAUAUGCUGUCCAGUCCUUUGACUAUGAAAAACUGAGAGAAUUCCGCUUUGUUGUUCAAGCACAAGAUGCCGGGACCCCCCCACUUAGCAGUUCUGCUACUGUAAAUAUUUUUAUUGAAGAUCAAAAUGAUCAUGCCCCAACAAUUUUAUAUCCAGGUCCUAGUAAUGGUUCGAGAUCCAUUGAGAUGAUUCCACGAGCAGCAAGUGUUGGCUACCUUGUCACAAAAGUAAUUGCAGUGGAUGCAGACUCAGGACAAAAUGCCUGGUUGUUUUAUAACUUGGGCAAAGCUACAGAUCCUAAACUAUUUACAGUCGAUUUACAUACAGGGGAAAUAAGGACUACAAGGAAAGUUGCAGAUGACAGUGUUGCAAGCUACAACUUAACUGUUAUUGUAAGAGAUAAUGGGGAUCCACCACUCUCCUCUUCAACAACAAUAAGUGUUGCUGUGGUGGACAGGGUUUCAAAACUUAUUCCUGACUCUCACAGACAUAUCAAAAACACCACAAACUAUUCAGAAAUGACUAUUUAUUUGAUAAUUGCAUUGUGCUCCAUUUCUUUUGUAUUUCUUUUAACAGUAAUAAUACUUUUAAUUAUUAAAUGUUGCAAGUGUACUGGCAAUGUUGAGCCAUGCUGUACAUGUUGCUGUGGAGUUCAAAACCCAAACCCUACAGAAAUGUUUAAACAAGCAAACAAUAACAUUGAAACAAGAUUGCCACCUGGAUUAAAGCCUCAACCUCAUUUCAUUGAAGUUAGGGGGAAUGGAUCACUUACAAAGACUUACUGCUACAAAGCCUGCUUAACAGCAGGAUCUGGAAGUGACACAUUUAUGUUUUAUAAUACUGGUAUUCCAGUAGGAACAAUGCCUCAUGCAGUGAUUGCGGAUAGACAUCUCACAGUACAGAGUGGACAAAGUGUUCAAAAUCUAAUCAUCUUAAAAAGUGAAACAACUACUCCAGUUGAGCCAAAACAUCCUAACCCAGACUGGCGUUACUCUGCAUCACUAAAAGCUGCAAUGCAGGGGGCUGUACAUAUCGAAGGAGCAGCAGUCUUACGUGGCGCAGCUGUAGGACUCGAACAGCAGUGGCCGACAGUAUCCAGCGCAACACCAGAACCCGAAGGAGGAGAAGUGUCUCCCCCUGUAGGAGCUGGUGUGAACUGCAACAGCUGGACCUUCAAGUAUGGACCUGGGAAUCCAAAACAACCAGUGCCACAAAUACCACCCGAUUUUCCGGAGAAUUUUAUUAUCCCAGGAUCCCCAGCCAUCAUUUCGAUCCGCCAGGAUCAGCCAUCAGCCCAAGGUCAUAAAAGUAACUUUAUAACCUUCGGGAAAAAGGAAGAGACAAAGAAGAAAAAGAAGAAGAAGAAGGGGAACAAGAAUCAAGACAAAGGAAAUAAUCCAACUGACAACAACGAUCAAUGAAAGGAUAAUGAAGCCAAUUAUUAUUACCACAUUUUUUUGUAAUAAAUAAUGUAGCAACUCGUAAUAUUCUUCCUAUUGUUAAUGCACCUUCCUAUGAACAAAAAGACUUCAAGAUUCAAGCCUGAAAACCUAUACAGUCUGUCUAUAUUAUUUACCAGAUUAUGUCUUAAAGCUUUAUUAUGUCAAAUGUUUAAUCAUAUGAUGCCCAGCAGUUGUCUCUCACAUCCAAAGAACACAGUGACAGUUUGUGCAUAUAAUAUAUUAAGAAACGUUUAAGGCCAAUGUCUUUGUAAAUAGUUCAUGUGUAUUGUAUAGAAAAUCAAUUGUCUCUAGUCACCUAUGGGACAACAUGUAAGGGUAGAUUUCAGCCACAUAUCAGUGGUACAGUAAAUCUGAGCAGAAAUAAGUUACAAAAUAUGAUAAAUCAAUAGUAAGCAAAUAUUCUAAAAGGUGGGUAAACAAUAAUAAUAGUCAAAAUAUGGAAAAUAAAUUGCAGGUGUAGAAAAUAUCUCUUUAUUGUUGUAUAUCUAAUAUUGACUACAUAUAUAUCAAGAACUUAGCUAUUAUGUUUUUACCAGACUCUCAAUAACAUUUUAAUGCAUUGAUCUAAGUUUGUAUACGAGCUACUGUAUGUACAGUAAUUCCUCAGGAAUCAAUGGAGUAAAUGUACAUUACCAACACAUUUAUUUCUGUUCUUACUGUAUGUACCUUCGGUUAUACAAAAUGGCUUGAACUACAGUCGGUAAAUAAAGUAAUCAUUGAAAAUCCAUAAAAAUAAUGCAUGCAGAAAACAAAUAAUUUUUCGACAGUUGUUUACAUUUUAAAAAUAAUUUGUUAGUUAACACAUUUUUUUUAAAGAGUGCAUAACUCAAAAGAAAUGUGCUCUCUUUAACACUACGGGCCUAUUUAUCAUUACUUAAGGGCCUGUUACACAUAGUUUCCACAUGUUUUAUGUAAUGGUCCCAUUCAUAUUAGGGACCUGAUAGGGCUGACUAAGUACUGUACAUUGUAAUGUACAGUAAACGGGUUUGGUAUAAAAUCCCGGUAUACGGGAUGCCGGUGGUCAGUAUACUGACAUCGGUGCUUAAACCUAACCCCUAUCCCCCCAGUGGUGCCUAAGCCUAGCCCCCUGGCAGCAGCCUCACCCUAACCUUCCUACCCCAGCAGCCUAACCCUAGCCUCCCAAGGUGGUGGCUAAAGCAAAACCCCCCACUCUGCAGCCUAACCCUAACCUCCCAGCUACACUUACCUCCGGUAUCCCGGAUGUCGGGAGUCCAUUGUCGGGAUCCUGAUGUUUUCUGUAUUCCGGUGUAGGUGUUCUAACGGGUGUCGGGAUUCCGGCAUCUGUAUUUCGGCUGCCAGAAUCCCGACAGUUGGGAUAUUGAACAUAAUCCGUGUAAACAGUACAUUGUAAUGUGCAUAAUUUAAAAUAAGCUUAGAUUUUCCAAUAUAUUUAAAUACAAAAUUGUGGAGAGUUUUGUUAAUAUUAUGUGUGUGCCCCAAUACACAUUAUCCUUAGACCCGUUUGUCACUAGUUACAAAUAGAUCUUUGUCAUUUGCUAAGCUUUUUCAUGCAGAGCAAUAGCUGCAGUGACAACUCAUUAUAAAACUUACUAUCCAAAAUAUUAAAGAGCAAAUGUUUAAAAUAUAUAUAUAUAUAUAUAUUAUGAAUACAUUGUAAAUAUUUCUUGGACUACAGUUCAAUAAAUUGCAAAAGCCUUAUACAAUUUAUAAUUUUUACACAACGUUAUGAGAUGUAUCUUGUUGGAGACAAUUGAACAAGUUCAGUACAAGUAUGCUAGCUCCAUGUUGCAAGCCAUUGCUACUACUCAUAUUUAUGCUUUGAUCUGUCUGGUGCAAGUUGGACCAGUGAAACAAAUAUUUGAUUUAAUGCUUUUGGCCGCAUAGAUCUAAGAGAGAAAAUAAAUGUAGAAUACAAGUUGAUACAUUAAAAAGCCAUUUUGUAACAUUCACAAUACUGUAUAUUAAAGCUAGGUGAUUUACAGUAAGUCAUUCAAUGCUGUAUAUGCUCUUGCUGUGUAGCUAAGUAGAACUUAUCACUUUGAUCAAAUCUAUGCUUUCUGCAUCGAUACUUUGAUUUUUGGAGGGGAAGUAAUUAAAAAAUUAAAAAGUGAUGAAGACAGCAAAAAAACAACAACAAAAAGAAAACAAUUAAAGGUAUCCCUUGGUGAGAGCCUUUUCCAAAACAAUUACUUUUCUCAAAACAUUUGUAUAAUAUACUAUAUAUUUGUGAAUGGUACAAAUAGCUCUUUUGCAUAAAAUAGGGCAACCUGUCUACUAACCACAUUACGGAAAUUGCCUGUAUCAUGUGUAUAGUACUGCUCACCCACCACUCACAGAUCACAAUGUGGCCAGCUGUUGCAUGUGUAAAUAAUAUUUGUAAAAGAACAAAAAAAGACUUAAACAAGCACUCUAAGUUCACUAACAUCACCGGAACAUGUCCAAAAUGUGUGAAGGACCAUUGCAGAUGCUAUACUGUAUGACAAUUUAUUGUGCGUCGCAUAUGGAUUUUGGUGAUUACCUGUCUUACGAGAAGUACAUGAAAUGCCAAUUAUACUCACACUGAUGUGGAAAUAAGUACGGUAUGUAUGCCCUAUGCUCCUAUGAAAGCCCAACAUAUAUUUAUUCUGUGCUUGUGUAUGUGAAUGCAAACUCUACUAUCAGUUAUAGUUGACCUAAACUGUUGAAUGUAAACCCAUACUUUUUUUUCUUUUUUGUACACUUGUGAAAAAAGUGAAGUAGUGUUAAUUUUUAAUUCACUGCUGUUCAUCUUUUUUGAUCUAAAAUUACACAGUAAAAAAUCUUUCUUAAGUCAAGAACCAAUCAAA